AUGGAGAAGACGUACUCACUAACCGCCCACUAUGAUGAGUUCCAGGAAGUAAAAUAUGGCGGUCGCUUCAGCAGUGACAUCCUCAGCAAUGGCAUGACCCUCCACCUGGGGGGCAGUCUGGACCGUCACAUGGGGCGAAGCCGAGGAGGGACCUGCAGCAGCGGAGGACUUCCUCGAUGGAGCCGGAGGGAGAUCUGCCUCCUCUCGGCACUGGUCUUUGCAGCAGGCAUGUGUGUUAUCUUGGGCAGCAUGCUGGCACUCAAGUACAUUUCUCUGGAUGCCCAGCAGGACCCACAGUGCCGACAAGACUGCCAACGCAAACGCUCCCUGCUGCGCACAGCCCGCUUUCUUCAGGCCAAUAUUGAUCCAACCAUCCAGCCCUGCCAGGACUUCUACUCCUUCGCCUGUGGCGGAUGGCUGAGGCGCCACGGCAUCCCUGAGGACAAGCUCAGCUACGGCAUCAUCACCGCUAUAGGAGAGCACAAUGAGGAAAAACUACAGCACCUCCUUCUGGAGCCAAUACGGAGGCGUGGACCCAACUCGGCAGAGCGCAAGGUCAAGGAGUUCUAUAGAUCUUGUGUCAACAUCCAGGAAAUCGACAACCUGGGCUCUGAACCGAUGACGGAGGUGAUAGACAGCUGUGGGGGGUGGGACCUAGUGGGGGCCCCUCCAGGUGCUGCUGGGUGGGAGAGAGAUGGUGCUCCACAGAGGCCGGACUUCAAUGAGCUGCUGUACAGGACCCAGGGGGUGUAUAGCACUGCCGUCUUCUUCUCCCUCACUGUCAACGUGGACGACAAAAACUCCUCCAGGAAUGCUAUCAGGAUUGAUCAGGAGGGGCUCACACUCCCUGAGAGAAGCCUCUAUCUGGGACUGGAUGAGGACAGUGUGAAGAUCCUGGCAGCUUACAAGGCCCUGAUGGAGCGCUUGCUGAGCAUGCUGGGAGCUCACAAUGCCACACAGAAGUCCAAGGAGAUUAUACAGCUGGAGACCCGUCUGGCCAAUAUCACCGUGUCAGAAUAUGAUGACCAAAGAAAGGACAUCAGCACCAUGUAUAACCGCAUCACCCUGAGGCAGCUACAGCGCAUCGCUCCAAGUCUUCAUUGGAAGCGCUUGCUGGACAGAAUCUUCCACGACAACUUCUCAGAAGAUGAAGAGAUCGUGGUGCUCGCCACUGACUACAUACAGAAAGUCUCCGACAUCAUCAAGACCACUUCGAAGAGGGUUCUCCAUAACUACAUGCUGUGGCGCAUUGUGGCAGCACUAAGCGAACACCUGUCCACUGCCUUCCGCAGCACCAUCCACGAGUUUUCUCGGGAGAUAGAUGGCACCGAGCAGCAGCUUGAGCUGGGCAGGCUCUGCCUCACCCAGGCCAACAAACACUUCGGCAUGGCCCUGGGAGCCCUGUUUGUCCAGAAGCACUUCUCCUCUCAGAGCAAGGCCAAGGUACAGGAGCUGGUGGAGGACAUAAAACACUCCCUGGACCUCCGUUUGCAAGAGCUGGACUGGAUGGAUGAAGCCACCAAAGAGGCUGCCAGAGCAAAGCUACAGCACAUGAUGGUGAUGACAGGAUACCCAGACUUCCUGCUCAAAACUGAGCUCAUAGAUCAAGAAUAUGGGUUUGAAGUGGAUGAGAAGACCUACUUCAAGAACAUCCUCAACAGCAUCAAGUUCAACAUUAAGCUGUCAGUCAAGAGGAUCCAUGAAGAAGUGGACAAGACGGCGUGGCUUCUCCCCCCUCAGGCCCUUAAUGCAUACUACCUUCCUAACAAGAACCAAAUGGUCUUUCCUGCUGGCAUCCUUCAGCCCACUCUCUACAACCCUGAGUUCCCACAGUCUCUGAACUACGGAGGAAUAGGAGCUAUCAUUGGCCAUGAGCUAACACAUGGAUAUGAUGACUGGGGGGGCCAGUACGACCGCCAUGGCAACCUCAAACAGUGGUGGACAGAGGAGUCCUACAGGAAGUUCCAAAGGAAAGCUGAAUGUAUUGUCAAGCUCUACGAUAACUUCACUGUUUAUAGCCAGAGGGUGAAUGGUCGUCUGACACUGGGGGAGAACAUAGCAGACAUGGGAGGGCUAAAAUUGUCAUACUAUGCGUACCAGAAGUGGGUGAGGGAACAUGGUCCAGAGAGGCCACUGCCUGGGCUCAAAUACACUCACGAACAGCUGCUCUUCAUCGCCUUUGCACAGAACUGGUGCAUGAAGAGGAGAUCUCAGUCCAUCUACUUGCAGAUGCUGACUGACAAACAUGCACCAGAGCACUACAGAGUGAUCGGCAGUGUUUCCCAGUUUGAUGAGUUUGCCCGUGUUUUCCACUGUCCAAAGGGUUCCCCAAUGAACCCUGAAGAAAAAUGCUCCGUAUGGUGA